AUGUAUCCUGAUUUGUAUAAGGGGCUGAACUUGAAGCAGGAAGACCUGUCGCCAUACGAUUUCCCCCUGGUCAGCUUUGAAGGAAAAAUCGUCAUCCCGAAAGGCAUGAUCAAGUUGCCUAUGCAAACAGAUUCAGACGUGGUAAAAGUGAACUUCAUUGUCGUAGAUGCAUACUCCCCCUACACCGCUAUCGUGGCCCGGCCAUGGAUUCAUGCACUAGGGGCUGUGCCGUCAACCUUGCACCAAAAAGUGAAGUAUCCAUCAGGAGGUCAAAUCAAAGAAAUAAUAGGGAGCCAGGAAAUGGCUAGACAAUGCAUGGUGUCGGCAAUAUCACAACGGCUGAGUAGUGAGCCUUCCACUUCAGCCGAGAAUGGCUUAUAG